UCUACUGCAGAAUAUAAAGUGGCGGCUGGGAGAUACUCAUUAUAACUAAAGGGGGCUUUCGUCGCGGUGAUAGAUUUUCUUCCAAUACUGAGAACGAUCUUUUGGAUAUUCCUGACUGACUGGACGGGCCGCAGGCUUUUUAAUUUUUUUUUUUACUGCCGUCCACUUCUCUUCCUUCGGUUCUGCGAGACUGACCGCGCCACAGAGCGGGGUACACCGAGGGCAAAGUGUGCUGGCGGCCCCGGCAAUGCUCAGUCAACAGUGCGGCGGGGACGACUACGGUAUCCACAGCCAGCCACCGCGCGGCACCCUGCCUGGGCCAACAGCGGGGAUGUCCCCGUACGCUCGGCCGACCCGGCAGCACCCACCGCAACAGCAUGCCGGACUCCGGUCCACCGGCUCCUCCAAGAUCGACCCAAGUAGUUUCAAGUCCAAGCGCUACCGGGACAAGCUGCGAGAGCAGAUCAAGGCGUUGGAGAAUCUCCUGCCCAUCGACAAGGCCACGCUGCACCGCAAACUGGACAGUCAGACGGUCUUCAGACUGGUCAUCUCUUACUUCAGAACGAAAGUCUUCUUUCAGGUUGCAGGUUUUUCGUCGGCUACCCAAGACGAGGCCGAGCUGAGCGGGUCUCAGACGCCGGCCGGCCGGGACCCCCUCAAGCCCAUCCCGGCUAAACGGGAGACCCUGACGGAAGCCGUGUGCAAGGACUUCUGCGACCGGUCGGAGGUCCAGCUAGCGCUUGAGGCUCUCGAUGGGUUCCUGCUUGUGGUCACUUCCGAUGGGACCAUCCUCUACUCCACCGAGAAUAUCUCCAGCCACCUGGGCUUCCACCAGGUGGACCUGGUGCACCGGUGCCUCUACGGCAUCGUCCACCCGGACGACCACCUGGAGCUCAAGGGGGUGCUGGAGCAGACCCUGUCGUCCACCGGCUGCCAGUCGCGGGUGCAGAUGGAAGCAGCGUACAGCGUUGGUUGUGGAAUGGAGGAGCGGGGGACCGGUGAUGCUUGUAAAGUCUCGUUCCUGUGCAGGAUGAAAUGCUUCAAUGGAACCAGCACAGGGUUUGUGUGUUGUAUUCCGGCCCAUCAUCAGUCCCCGCAGGGCCCUUCAAGUCCACCACAAGUCCAUCACAGGUCAUCCAGCCACAAGUCAAGUCACAAGAAAAUGCACUGCUGUGGGGGUAUGCGCUCGUUCCCGGGCGCCGUCAAGUCCAGCCGGACCUCCUGCCAGGUCUUGUUCCUGGCCUUCCGGCCCAUCACCUCCCUGGCCCAGGACACGGACAUCGAGUUCAAGCAGAACGUCUUCUGGAGCAAGCACGAGAUGGACCUCAGCGUCAAGCUGCUGGACACCAGGGCCUAUGACAUUUUGGGAUUUGAGCCUAGUGAACUGGAAGGCAAGUCGCUAUACGACAUGAUCCAUCCGCAAGACCUGGCCGCCAUGUUCGCUUGCCACAAGACCCUGGUGGACACGGACGAGAUCCACACACUGUAUUUCCGGCUGAUGACCAAGAACUCCUCAUGGGUGUGGCUUCACACAAGGGCGAAGGUCAUCACCAAGAACUCCCGUAAGCACUCCAUAGUGCUAACGCAUUGCCCUGUCAGGGAAAUGGACAAUUCGUACCUGCACCAGGAGGCCCGGGCAAGGACCAGGUAUGGCCUGGACGAGUACCUCAAGCUGAAGCACAUGAACCACUCAGGAACGGACGGGGAGACGUCAUCUACCCCACCCCAGUCGGACGCCAGCCAGAACAAACGGCGCUGGACCAGCAACGACACCUACGUGGUGGCCAGCCAGAGCCCGUACAAGCUGAAGGAUGACUACUCGGCGUCGCUGCACAGCCCCCAUGGGGCCUGCCCGUCAAGCUACCAUCAGAGCUCGGAACGGCACUCCCCCGUCUACCCAUCCACCUAUGCCCCUCACCGCUACCAGAAGGCUGCCCAGGGGUUGCAGAGCUCCCCGGAGAAGGCGCCCCUUGAGCGGGAGCCUCCGCCGAUGAACGUUAACUUCUACGAUUAUGCCCAUUCGUCGGACGAUUUCAUCCCGGGCGGCCCGCUCCAUCCAAAUCACCCCCAGCCCCACCCAGCGCUCUCGAUGUAUCAGAUGGUAGCGCACCUGCCACCUGAGAUGUACGAUGCGGAAUCGUACCGCAAGCACGCCCUCAUGUUCAUGGAGAGUCAUACCCAGCUGGCAGGGCCUGGUAUGGUGCCAAAUUAUCACCACCACCACAUGGGGCAGUAUCAACUCCCACUCACCCCGCAGACCUCGCCCCAGUCCUUCUACCCACAGGGACACUUCCCCGUGCACUACCCAGAACACAUACCAACGGGUCACCCAGCAGGGCGCCCCGUGGGGCCAGAGACGCUCUCCCCUCCCCCUUCGCCAGACCGAAAUUUCAAGCCUGCCUGCAUGUACUCAUCUGUCGGUCCAGGUGAAGGUUUGAACAAAGGACCCGAGCCAGUCUUUCCCGCUGACUGUUGCAAGGCCGAGCACUACGCCUCUUUAGUUGUAAACGGUGCUGUGCAAGUGAGGCUACUGGACGGUGCAACAUACCCGCGCACCCAGUACACCAAUGGCUAUAGCCAUGAAUAUCCCCACGGCGACCAGUACUCAUCAGAGACAAGCUGUCUCUACGGCAACCACUACGAAUCAGACAUCGAGCUGAAGCCCUUCCAGAGGGUGAAUGCUCCGCCCCUGCACAAAAUGGACAGUUCACACCGCAGCCUUGUCUCCUACGCAGAGAGUCCUACUGGCAGCAACCUACCGAAUCAUGGCUACCAUAGCGACAGAGUGGCACAUGAUCGGGAGAGAUGCUUACCGUGCCCAAUGGCCAACACAAAGAACGGUUGCCUAGCGCCCAAGUUACCUCCAGUGAAUGAGGUCCGCAUCGUAAGUCCUGCCUCCUCCUUACCUCCUAUCGGAAGUUUCCUGGAUUUCCUGAAUGAGGAUGCUGACAUUCCGGCAGCCGAAGAAGCGUGUUAAUAAAAAAGAUUCAGCGAGCUUACAAACAAGACCGGCUGUACGGUUUUGCUCUCAACGUAGACUUGAUCAACCACUGUCGUUCGUUGCCAGUCGAUUUUCUCCAGUAAAAGCAUUUUGUUGAAGCACAUUUCAGAAAUGAUUUUGCACCUACCGAUAAAAGCAAAACCGGGUUCCUCUUUUUCAUUUUUUCUUUUUCUGUUAGAGACGACACACAUAAGUGAAGCCACAAACUAAUAGUCUUGUUUAUUGACAGGAAGUCUAUCCAAAAAAAUCAUUGGACAUUUUCUAGUCUUGUGAUCUUGUCUGCUGCUGAAAAUUUCUUGCUGCUUAAUUUCUUUUUUGGGAGAGGUGAGAAAUUCUUUAAAUUGUUCCUGGCUGUUGAUGAUGUCAGUGUUUCUAUAGGGGAAUUAUUCUUAACCAUUUCUCGUGAUUGUGAGAAAGUCUUUUAAUCUAUUCUAUUUGGUUCAGUUCUCAGGUGUAACUGUUCGAUUGGCAAAAUGUAAUUGCAUAACAUGUAAAACUUAGCUCAAGAUUGAAUACAUGCACACGUGACCUGCAAGCACGAUGUGGUCACUUUACGGGUUCUUACACCAGUUCAUGUGACCAAGGUAGUUUUGUUUUGUGGCUUCAAACUAUCACGGGUUCGUGGCAGAUUCUGUGUGUUGUGUUCAACGGUGGUUCUUCUCCAUUUCGAUUCCUCGGUUUCAAUUUGAAGCAGUUCCUUCACACACCUUCCUAAAGAUAGCUCGUGAGAGUCGGGCAAGUUUUGCUUUCACUGUGUCCUGCUAUUGCAAGUCGUUUUGUCAAUUUCUAAUCGUAAAUCUGUACUGUACAAACUAUGUAUUUACUGAUUGAUACUAGCUAUUUAUAUGUAUAUAUCCGUACUCUAUUAAAGUUGGUCUGAAAAGUGCCAAAGAAAA